CCGUGCAAUUCAUCUGGCAAACUUGGUAUUCGCUUUUUGCGAUUCAGAGGCAACAGCGAGGUUAACAAUGGUGAUUGCUGUGAUAACCUUUGGACAUGUCUGGAGGCCUGUGAUAUUUACUUAAAGAUCUGUGUCACAGAGGUACCGCAAGCAAAGUGUAAUGCGGGCAACUUUCAAACCAAAGUCUUGGGUAAAGGAAGCUUCACUUUUCCAGGAAUUGGCGGGGAUCUUGGGAAUGGGAGGGAAAAUCCAUUGGAAUACAGUUUCCAGAAAUGGCAGGUAUGGUGUUAAGAUGUUGAGGGAUUUUAUCAGCUAUCAGUUAAGAUAUUUUUUAAGAUGUCAGUUCCAAAUUACUGUCAGUCAUAAUUUGUCAGCUAUCUGUCAAGAUAUUUUGUAAGAUAUCAGUUCCAAAUUACUGUUCCAUCAUUUGUCAGCUAUCAGUUAAGAUAUUUUGUAAGAUGUCAGUUCCAAAUUAAUGUAAAACAGUGAGAAUACUGGUAAAGAGUUGAUCCCAUUGGAAACUUAUUUAAUUUAAAUUCGUUUCUAGGGUUUUGGCCUAACAAUUGAAAUGUGGGAUUACGACAGUGGCUUUAUAAAAGGCUCGAGUGAUUUCGUCGACAGCGUUCAUUUAGACAUCGCGGACGCUCCCGACCAGAACUCUACAUCUGCGAGCAACAAACCAAAGCGUAUGGCGUCAAAUCAUUCUCCAAAAAAACGCUACAUAGAUCUCGAAAUUAAAAUUCACUGCGACGACAACUACUUGCUCCCAGACUGCGCGCGGGAAUGCACACCAAGUGACGACGCGUCAGGGCAUUAUACAUGCGAUUACGUCAGAGGUUUGAUAAUAUGUAACCAACACUGGUAUGGAGACCGCUGCACACAGUACUGCAGGCCCAGAAACGACGGCUUGGGUAACUACACGUGCGACAAAUUUGGCGCGAAACUUUGUGCGGGUAAUUGGUUUGGCGGAAACUGUACGACGUUUUGUAAAAAUACGGAUGGGCCAACUGGGCAUUACAAAUGCGAUAGUUUAACAGGAAAUAAAGUUUGUCUACCUAAUUGGUACGGUGGGGAUUGUUUAGUGUUCUGUAAAGCACAGGAUAGCAGCGACGGCCAUUAUUCGUGUAACAAGACGAGCGGGGAGAAAGUCUGUAUAAGGGACUGGUACAGAGCUAAUUGCACGAAAUAUUGUUCGCCGCAAAACGAUCGGUUAUUGGGUCAUUUCAAAUGUGACGUCACUGGAGACAAAGUCUGCCUGCCUGGAUGGCGUGGUCGUAAUUGUACGCAAGGUGAAUAUGGAACUUUAACACAAUUUUCCAGUUUGACUCUACCACUGGAGUGUCAAGGGAUGACUCUUACUGGACCUCUAGGAAGAUUAACAGUUUAGAACUGAUAGAGCUAUCCAGUAUAAAUAAAGUUAGUUUAGUUUAGGUUUCCUCCUGUAGUGGAUCAAUAAGAGAUUAUCCUUACUGGACCUCUAGGGAGAACAGUAUAGAACUGAUAGAGCUAUCCAGUAUAAAUAAAGUUAGUUUAGUUUAGGUUUCCUCCUGUAGUAACACUGGAUCAAUAAGAGAUGACUCUUACUGGACAUCUAGGAAGAACAGUUUAGAACUGAGCUAUCCACUACAAAUAAAGUUAGUUUAGUUUAGGUUUCCUCCUGUAGUAACACUGGAUCGAUAAGAGAUGAUUCUUACUGGACCUCUGGGAAGAUUAACAGUUUAGAACUGAUAGAGCUAUCCAGUAUAAACCAGUAUAAAUAAAGUUAGUUACUGUUUAGGUUUCCUCCUGUAGUGACAUUGGAUCAAUAAGAGAUGAUUCUUACUGAACCUCUAGGAAGAACAGUUUAGAACUGAUACAGCUAUCCAGUAUAAAUAAAGUUAGUUUAGUUUAGGGUUCCUCCUGUAGUGGAUCAAUAAGAGAUGAUCCUUACUGGACCUCUAAGGAGAACAGUGAUAUUACUGAUAUAUCGAGUUAUAAAUAUUGAUUGUAGUCUACCCAUGUGAUUGACACGUGAUCUUAACCUCCACAGCACUGACUGCACUCAUAACGUGCUAUAAUAAGCUGGAACUCUGGAUUGACGGCGUGUGGUAUGGAUCAGAUAAUACUCAAUGGAAAAUUGGAUGGUCUUUUCAAAUCUCAACCAACGCUACUCUUAUUGCAGUGAAAGCUGUACAAUACGGAGACAAAGGGGGUAUCUUGGGAUCACUGAGCGGCGGCUUGGUUACUGAUGAGGCGUGGAAGUGUACAAAACGUUUCCAUAGCAACUGGAUGACGUUGACGUAUGACGACAGCGCUUGGUCGCGUGCGAGGACGUAUGGGUACAAUGGUGUGCAACCAUGGAGCAAAAUUGCGGGGAUCGCGGAUAAUGCUAAUUGGAUUUGGACAGUGGAUAAUAAGAACGAUGACGUGGUUUACUGUCGUAGACUGUUAACUGGUAAGGAAUAAGCUAAGGGCACACUAGGCUCAGAUUCCAGCUUUUGGGGUUCUCGAUUAUCUGUCUCUCGCCAUCCAAUUCAAUCACAUAUAUAAUUCAAAUGCUUGGUUACCUUUGUUCCAUUCUAUGCUUACAUUAUCAGAACAGUGGUAAUUGUAGCAUUCUAUGCUUACAUUAUCAGAACAGUGGAGUUAUCAAUUCACUCACAUAUAUAAUUUAAAUGCUUGGUUACCUUUGUUUCAUUCUAUACUUACAUUAUCAGAACAGUGGUAACUAGACAUGUGAUCAAUUCACGCACAUUUAUAAUUUAAACACUAGGUUACCUUUGUUCCAUUCUAUGCUUACAUUAUCAGAACAGUGGUAACUAGGCAUGUGAUCGAGUUAUCAAUUCACUCACAUAUAUAAUUUAAAUGCUUGGUUACCUUUGUUUCAUUCUAUGCUUACAUUAUCAGAACAGUGGUAACUAGGCAUGUGAGUUAUCAAUUCACUCACAUAUAUAAUUUAAAUGCUUGGUUACCUUUGUUCCAUUCUAUGCUUACAUUAUCAGAACAGUGGUAACUAGGCAUAUCUUUGUUCUCAUUUUUAAGAAAUUCUGCCUACAUCGGAGGCCGGACGCCCAACAACAGUCCAACCGAGCUACAACACUAAAAACACAAACACCCAAACGCCAUCGACCACUUUGGAUGCAAUACAACCAACAAGUUUUGCAAAAGCAACAUUAAAAACAUCCCCAACCAUCGAAAUUUUAUCAUCUGUCAUGUCCUCUUCAUGGAAUGUUAAUCAACUAGACCCCACAACCACCGUUUAUUCUGGAGGUUUUCACGUGACCAGCAAACACGGAGCUACACCAUUCCUGUCACCUGCCAUAGAAAAGUCAAAACAGUUCUCGCAAACUAAUAAAAUGACAACAACCGAAGAAAGACAGAAAGCAUCAACCUAUUAUUACAAAACCCAAACGUUCAACGAAUUUGACCACAAAACAAGCACAUUCAAGACACAAACUGUAUCGCAACAGAACGUCAUUCAUUUCAAGUCGCUCAUUUCGUCCACUGCAACAUUCAAGGCAGAAAAUCCAAGGAAAACUCCCCAAACAUAUACAGAUCACCACACCCCGAUAAAAGCUCAAAGCUCAAUGACUAUCAAUAGCCAAUCAAAAUCGCCGAUAGAGAAUGGCACAACUGAAACUCAUGUUACAGAAAGUCUGGAAAUACGAAAUUCAGUAUCGGUGUACAAAACCCAUCAAAAAUUCUCAACUAGCAUGAAGGAUUUAACAAGUAACUUCACUCAAACAUUAACAGACGCAUUUUAUCACAUAAGUAGUACUGCCAGUCCAUCAGGUUCACUUAUAAAAGAAAUAUUAAUCUCAGAGAGGACUAAAGUUUCGUUGAGUACGGAAAAUGUAAAGUCAGCGAUAUUGACUCAAACUGGAAUAGCUGUAGUUGAGACAAGCAGUCCAGUUUCGGAAACGAGAUCAGUGAUGAUGACGUCAUCAAGAAGCCUAGUUUCAGCAACGAGAUCGGUAGUGCUGACGUCAUCAAGCAAUACGACUGAAAUGAAUGGUGGGAAGGUUUGGAAGAAAGACAGUUUUGUUCUUGUGUUUUUUCCUCCAGUGGUGUUUAUGAUGGUAGUUGGGCUGGGAAUAUGUAUUAGGAUGAAGAAAAAGUAA